AUGGAGGAGGAAAGCGACCGACCCGCUCUCGGAAGCGGGAUGGAGGCCGACGAGCCCGCCAGCCCCCGGGAGCCGCCGUCGCCGCCCCCGCCGCCGUCGCCGCCGUCCCCCUCUGCCCCCGACACCCCGGGGACCCCCCAGCCCGAGCAGCCGACGGAGGCCUACGCCCGGCAGCUGCUGCUGGAGGAGUGGAGACCCCCGGGGGGGAGCCUGGAGCUGCCCCCGCGCCUCACCUGGAAGCUGCUCUUCCUGCGGCGGCCGCUCUACCGCAACCUGCUGCGUUCGCCCAACCCCGAAGGCAUCAACAUUUAUGAGCCAGCACCCCCUACUGGUCCCACCCAGCAGCCCCUGGAGACUCUGGGCAACUUCAACGGCUGGUACAUUAGGACCGAGAAGCUCCAGCAUGACUGCAGCUGGACGGUGAAGCAGCAGUGUGUGGACCUUCUGGCCGAGGGCCUGUGGGAGGAGCUCCUUGACGAUGAGCAGCCAGACAUCACGGUCAUGGACUGGUACGAGGACAGCCGGCUAGACACGUGUGUCUACGAGCUGCACGUCUGGCUGCUGGCAGCUGACCGCCGCUCAGUCAUCGCGCAACACCACGUGGCCCCCCGAUCCUCUGGGCGGGGCCCCCCCGGCUGCUGGCUCCAGGUGUCCCACGUCUUCCGCCAGUAUGGCCCUGGCGUGCGCUUCGUUCACUUCCUGCACAAGACCAAGAACCGGAGGGAGCCUGGCGGGCUGCGGCGGACAAGGGUGACAGACUCCUCCGUGUCUGUGCAAUUCAGGGAGUGACUGGCUGUCCAACUCCCAGCCUGUUCUGACCCUUUGUCUCACUGGUCCAUAACGUGUGAUCCCUCAGCACCUCCCUGAUCUCUUAGCACUUCCCUGACCCUUUGCAUCUCCCUGACCCCUUAAUAUCUUCUUGUUCCUUUAUCCCUUUGGACCGCUUAGCAUCUCUUUUACCUCCCUGACCCUUAGAAGUCCCUGGCCCUUAGCACCUC